AGAGAGACUGCUGUCCCUUCCAAUCGAUGUUUACAUUGAACAAAGCUGCUUCUGUCUGUGAGUCCCCAUGGUGUUGAUGUCCCACUGCCACACAUCAGUAUCCUUGCUUCUGACUGGUUGUUCUAGGGCUAUCCUCUUGGACUGGCCACAUCUGAUUGCUCAAAAAGUUUUGCUUCACUGGGGUUCAGUAGGGCACAGUUCUGGAGCCAUGGAAGACACCACAACAGUAACAGAAAGUUUGGAAGAGGAGCUUAGCUGUCCCCUCUGCCUUGACAUCUACAAGGACCCUGUGUCUCUGAGCUGUGGCCAUACCUUCUGCCAGGAGUGUGUCCUAAAGGUAAUCAGUACUCACCAGCAGAAGCCCUGUGAAACCUACUCCUGCCCCAUAUGCCAAGUUGACCUCCUCCCAGUUCCAAAGCUGCAGAAGAACUUCCAGCUAUGCCGGAUCGUGGAGAAGUUCCUGGCUGCCUUUCCCAAGGAGGGCUGCUGGCCGGCAAAGACAUCAGCAUCCAAGCAGGAGCAAGUUCUCCCUUGUGAUUUCUGCCUUGGACAGCCUCAGCCAGCAGUGAGGAGCUGCCUGACCUGUGAUGCAUCUUUCUGCCAGGCCCAUCUGAGGAAACAUAGAAUCAAGACAGCCCAAAAAGGCCACGUUCUGGUGGAACCCAGAGGCUCUCCAGAGGAAAGAAAGUGUCCCAAGCAUGGCAAGGUGUUCAGUGCCUUCUGCCAGAAUGACCUAACCUGCAUCUGUGUGACAUGCCACAUCACCAGUUACCACAAGGGCCACCACAUUAUCAGCCUGCAGGAGGCCUGUAACCAAGGUUUGGCACGUGUCUCUCGAAUAGAGAAUAUGAUGCAAAUGUAUAUAAAUACUGUGGAUAAAGCCUUAGAGAGUCUGCAGAGGAGUGAGGAACAAGCCCAGGCCCAGGAAAAUAUCCUGAAGGACCAGCUGUCAAAUCUUUUCAAAGAGAUUCAUUCUCAGGUGGAUCAUACCAAGGUGCAGCUCUUAGAUGCUAUCAAGUAUAAUAAGGAAGAGUGGCUCUCUAGGAUCCUCAGAGUAAGGCAUGUAAUGGAGCAGAAGAAAGAUGAAGCUUACCAGACCUUCUGUGAACUACAAACAGUUAGGGCUCAAGUGGAUGAUUUUAUAUUUCUUAAAGCCUUUAAAGUGACUCAAGACAGGUUUAAGCAGCAAGAUUUCAGUAUAGACUACAUGAAAGUGCUGUCACCAGCACCCAGCAUGCAACUGAAUCGAUGGACAGUGGUGAACAUUCAAAGACAGACGCAGAUCUUUGUCUCAAAGAUAACUGCAUGUCUACAACCAGGCCACAGGUCAGAGGAAGAGGAAGAUUUCCCUGUGGUUUCAAGGAAGAGAAAACACCUAGAAAAGCUGAACCAAGAGACACUGUAUGACUGGGCCUCAAAGUCAGAGGCUAAAAGAAGAUGGCAGUCAGAUAUAGAUCCUGGAAUGUCUACUCUGGCUUCUCCUUUACGCUCCCCAGAACAAGCUAAGUACAUAGUGAGAUGGAGAGAACGAAAACGGAGGAACUGACCCCGCAGACAUGAUGGGAGGUGGAUACAGGACAACGCGAGGCAAUGCUAAGUUCUGGGGAACAUGAAGAAGA